AUGGAGGUUUAUUACCUGACUGUGGAUCUCGAACCUUUUCAAUCUGCUGUCGGGAUCCGAUCAAACUUUCCCCAAGAAAACUAUAUCCUGACUUUUCCCCUUUCAUUCCCUCCUUUUAUCUCCUAUUUACCCCCUCCUCUUAUCUCCACUUUACCCCCUCCUCUUUUCUCUGAUUUACCCCCUCCUCUUUUCUCUGAUUUACCCCCUCCUCUUAUCUCCACUUUACCCCCUCCUCUUAUCUCCGAUUUACCUCCUCCUCUUAUCUCCACUUUACCCCUCCUCUUAUCUCCGAUUUACCCCUCCUCUUAUCUCCACUUUACCCCCUCCUCUUAUCUCCGAUUUACCUCCUCCUCUUAUCUCCACUUUACCCCCUCCUCUUAUCUCCGAUUUACCCCUCCUCUUAUCUCCACUUUACCCCCUCCUCUUAUCUCCGAUUUACCCCCUCCUCUUAUCUCCGAUUUACCCCCUCCUCUUAUCUCCGAUUUACCCCCUCCUCUUAUCUCCGAUUUACCCCCUCCUCUUAUCUCCGAUUUACCUCCUCCUCUUAUCUCCACUUUACCCCCUCCUCUUAUCUCUGAUUUACCUCCUCCUCUUAUCUCCACUUUACCCCCUCCUCUUAUCUCCGAUUUACCCCCUCCUCUUAUCUCCACUUUACCCCCUCCUCUUAUCUCCAUUUUACCCCCUCCUCUUAUCUCCGAUUUACCCCCUCCUCUUAUCUCCACUUUACCCCCUCCUCUUAUCUCCGAUUUACCCCCUCCUCUUAUCUCCACUUUACCCCCUCCUCUUAUCUCCAAUUUACCCCCUCCUCUUAUCUACGAUUUACCCCCUCCUCUUAUCUCCACUUUACCCCCUCCUCUUAUCUCCACUUUACCCCUCCGCUUAUCUCCGAUUUACCCCUCCUCUUAUCUCCACUUUACCCCCUGCUCUUAUUUCCAUUUUACCCCCUUAUCUCCACUUUACCCCCUCCUCUUAUCUCCACUUUACCCCCUCCUCUUAUCUCCAAUUUACCCCCUCCUCUUAUCUACGAUUUACCCCCUCCUCUUAUCUCCACUUUACCCCCUCCUCUUAUCUCCACUUUACCCCCUGCUCUUAUUUCCAUUUUACCCCCUUAUCUCCACUUUACCCCCUCCUCUUAUCUCCACUUUACCCCCUCCUCUUAUCUCCAAUUUACCCCCUCCUCUUAUCUACGAUUUACCCCCUCCUCUUAUCUCCACUUUACCCCCUCCUCUUAUCUCCACUUUACCCCCUCCUCUUAUCUCCGAUUUACCCUCUCCUCUUAUCUCCACUUUACCCCCUCCUCUUAUCUCCACUUUACCCCCUCUUAUCUCCACUUUACCCCCUCUUAUCUCCACUUUAUUCCCCCAUUCCUUACAGAACUUUAUCCUUCCAGUCGUCUAA